CGGCUAUUUUGCUAUUAACACGCUUUUGAGCCAUUUGUACCGGUGUACUUGGCGCUGUCGGCCGGCCAGGCCAAUUCCAACUACCGCAUUUCCCCAAGCAGAGUCGAGUCGAGCCAAGCCAAGCCAAGCCAGCUUCAAUUUUCGAUAGCCACUCGAGGCGAGCGGUUGGGAUCGGUGGUGUGAGCGGAGUGGUGACCAAGUAACGCAACAUCAGUUCCUGGAUUCAAACCCAAACAUGUUGUGGAUAAUGGGGCUAGUGGUGGCCGCCAUGCGGCUCGAUGCCCAGGCCAAUGCUGUGGCAAAUGUCACGGUGAUUGAAGACAUUAGGAGCGCCUUCAGAGGCGUCACCAACGACACGGAGCUAGUGAAUCACAUAAUACCGGAAAUGUACGGGGCGAGCAUGCGCAGUGCGAAUCCCUCGUUUGUCUUCAAAAUGCCCAUACAAUCGAUCGUCGGUGGGGCUGCUAAAUUCGAGCUGCUAACAAUGCAGCGAUCCGAUUUCGUGGAACCAAUCUUUCCCAAUAUCAGUCAGCUGGCCACGGCCAACGAUUCACCCACGACAAUUCCUCCGGAAACGAGCGUGAAGACCAGUCUGGCUAUCUCACCGCAACUCGACUGGCAGCAGAUGGGCCUGGAGGGUUGGACGGGGGAGCUGAAGCCUCCAGUUCCCUGGCUGGAGCAGAGCCACAAGGACACUCCGCCGCCGAUCAGUUGGCAGAACUCGUAUCCACACGAUGCGAUUAAUUUGGACUUUAAGAAGCACCAUUUCGAUGGCCGGGUGACGGACAUUCGCGUGAUAACAUCCACAACUGGUAGACCGGCGGAAGUGGAGGACCUGAUGAAUGGACAAAAUGUGUACAUAGCAAGGGUAAACGAUCCGUUCGGCUAUUCCAUGAAGUGGAGCUUCAACAACGACAGCAGUCGGGAGCAGGAACUGCAGCCGGAGGGCGAUCGCGGGAAGAGGGAUGUCACUCGGCUUUACUCCAUGAUCAAGUGCUCCACGGGCUGCGAUCCGUUGAUCUACAAGGGCUACGGCUGUUAUUGUGGAUUCGGUGGCCACGGAGUUCCCGCCGAUGGCAUCGAUCGCUGUUGUCGUGUCCACGACAAGUGUUACGGCCAGAGCAACUGCAUCUCCUAUCUGGAAUACUUUGUGCCUUACAUCUGGAAAUGCUACCGGGGUAAGCCGCUGUGUGCCGUGGACCAUGGUGAGUUCGGUGGCCCCGAUUCGUGUGCCGCCCGCCUCUGCCAAUGCGACCUGCGACUGUCCAGGUGCCUGAAGAAGUUUUACUGCCCCCAGCGGCGCUCCAUCUGCCACUCGUCCAGAUCUCGACGCUUACAGAACCUCAUAUUCUUCGAUUGAUGUUUAUUGUUGAUGAUAGUUUGUGAGUUAGUUACAGUUAGUUAGUUAAAGUACCUAAAUGAAAUGUUUUCGCUAGUAGAAAAACCUCGAAUAAGUCGAUUAAAUAUACAAAUACUUAUAAA